AUGGAGAGGAUUUGGGGCAUGCCUGUGGGGAGCCAGCCACCAUCGGAACCGCCGGAUGGGGGCGCUGGGGGCUCCAGGAUGAGUCAGACGGUGACUUUCAAGGAGAAGGUACUGGGUGCCCCGGCUAAGCGGGCGACUGUUCGCGAUCUUGUCAAGGAGGGGGCUAUGACGUUAGAGUUUGAGGGUGGGGAUCGUUUGCUACCCAAAUUCAGUAUCGCGGCACCCACAUUGAAACAGUUGUGUGAACCAUGGGAACAAUGUCUUGUGAUAAAGUUGCUAGGGAGAGAUGUGGGGUUCUUAACCUUGCGGGACAGACUACCUGCGUUGUGGAAGGUUCAAGGAGGUCUCGAGUUGCUGGACGUGUCAAAUGGCUACUUUAUGGUGAAGUUUGAUUUGGAGGCGGACAGAGAACGGGUCAUGCACGGGGGCCCUUGGAUGCUCUUUGAUCACUAUCUGAUUGUUAGACCAUGGUCCCCAGAGUUCGUAACUUCAGCAACGAAGGUCGAUAGUACUCUUGUCUGGAUCAGGUUCCCAAGUCUCGGGGUUAUGUUCUAUGAUGAGAGUGUCCUCCUAACAAUUGCUUUGGCCAUAGGGAAACCAGUCAAGGUGGAUCUUAAUACCUUGAACAUGACGAGGGGACGGUUUGCACGGGUCUGUGUCGAGAUAAAUUUAAAUGAACCAGUCGUGGGGAGGUUUUUUCUCAAUGGUGUUUGGUAUAAUGUGGAGUACGAGAGAUUGCAUUUGUUGUGCUCGUCGUGCGGUUGUUAUGGACAUGUCCUACGGAACUGUCCGCAUGCAACCAGGCCUGAGCUAACAUCACACGGCGUCGGUGAGCAGGAGGUUACGGAGCAGCAGUCGGGGGAGCCACCACAUAGUGCAGUUUCGGCGGCUUCAAUGGGAGAGGAAUCAGCUUCGCAGGUUAGGGGCGAUAUCGCGCCAGAUCCGCAUGGAGAUUGGCUGAUUGUGAAACGGCAAAAUCGGAAACAUAAUAUUGGCAAACCGUUUAGCAAGGGACGAUCUGCAUCUCAUAAUGGGAUUACGGAGAUUAAGGAGCGGGAUCGGAAUAUGCAAGAUUACCCCCACGAAGGGGACCACACACCGAAUAGGAAUCCUCAAAUUAAGGGCGCCAAUAGUGAACGAAAGAAACGUAUCAGAGGGGAGGAGUUUCGUGAACAAUCACGGCCCAUUCCAGCUGGCGCGAACACGGACUCCGUCGUGGAAAAGAAUAAGACCCGAAGCCCAUACACCCAUUCUUCUCUCGGUGACCCACGUGUGCACGAGGAGUUGAUGGGGGAAUUGCACCAGGAUAUGAUAACAAGUGUGCCCCAAUCAGGUUUCACGAUUGACGCAUGCCAUGCUAACGAGGAUGGUGGGCAGGAGUUACCAGGGAUGGAGGAUAUUAUGCAAUAUGACCAGCCAUUGGAAGAGAAGGCCAUGAUGGCUUGA